GUGUGCUGGCGCAGUGGGAGCGCGCAGAAAGGAAGGGAGGGCAAUCUGCUACUGACUAAUAAGACCCAAUGGCUGGUGAAAGGUGGCCAGGAACGCUUCAAGUCGACAAGGGACGCUGGAAGAAGAAGACGAAGAGGAGGAGAAGGAAAACAGGAGGAUGAUAGCCUGACUGUUGGACUUUAUGGUGUGUGCAUGUGGAUUAGCGGUGACUUGGAGAGGAGCGCCAAUUGUGACAGGUAGAAAAUGAAGAUGACUUUAACUGCACAUGUGGCGCCCAUGAGUGGAAUCUUAGGACAGAAACAAGUCUUAGUUUAACCAUUUUAGAGCCUAUACUUCAAAGGAGCAUUAUGUCCUAACAGCAAGUGAUUUCUCAUGGUCAAGGUCUCGGUUACUUGGAAUGGAUCAAGCUGUGACCAAAUCCUACAUGUCACCCAAGCCUCCCCAAUGAAGCAGCCCGGCCAGGCCCGGAGCUCUCAGCUCGGCCUGCUGGCCUUGUGGACCUGCCUGUGUCUGGUGGAGGGAUGCGGACCAGGGCCCGGGUACGGCGUCCGGUCCAGGCCCAGAAAACUGACGGCCAUGCACUACAAGCAGUUCUUCCCCAAUUUCUCCGAGAACAAUCUGGGGGCCAGCGGGAGGGUAGAGGGCAAGAUCACGCGGAACUCGGAGCGCUUCAAUGAAUUAGUGUGCAACUACAACCCCGAUAUUGUGUUCAAAGACGAAGAGAACACCAAUGCCGACCGCUUCAUGACAAAGCGGUGUAAGGAAUGUUUGAACAAGCUGGCCAUAGCCGUAAUGAACCAGUGGCCAGGGGUGCACCUACGGGUGACAGAGGCCUGGGACGAGGAUGGUCACCACCCUCCCGGAUCUCUGCACUAUGAAGGCCGGGCAGUGGACAUCACUACCGACGACAGAGAAACAGACAAGUACGGACUGCUCGCCCAGCUGGCUGUGGAGGCGGGCUUUGAUUGGGUCCACUACGAGUCCAAAUAUCACAUCCACUGCUCUGUAAAAGCUGAUCACUCUGUUGCUGUGGAAAAAGGAGGCUGUUUCCCCGGCUGGGCCCGGGUGACUGUUGCUGGAGGCGGGCAAAAGACCUUAUCAUCACUGACUACUGGAGACAAAGUCAUGGCCAUGUCUGCGACAGGCAAAAUUGUAUUUUGCCCGAUCUUGUUGUUUCUGCAUCGGGAUCCACAAGCCCGGUCCAUUUUCCUGUCUUUGGAGACAGAAGACGACCAUAGAUUGGCCGUCACUCCACAUCACCUGGUCUUCUUAGACCCUGACUGCACACUUGACACCAGUAUGUACAAAGCUCGGUUUGCCAGCAGAGUCAGAACCCAUGACUGUGUUCUGACCCAUCGAGAAGACGGUCGAUUCCAUCAUUCUCGCAUCAGUUCCAUUUCAGUACAAGAGACUACGGGGGUAUACGCACCUUUGACCGAAUAUGGAACUUUGUUUGUUGACGGAGUGCUGGUCUCUAGCUAUGCACUGGUGGAAGACCAUGCACUUGCACACUGGGCGUUUGGACCUCUGAGACUCCUGUUCUCGUUGGAGUACCUACUGUGGGGGGAAAGCACAAAACAAAAGCAGACAAGUUGCACUAACACAACUUCACUUCACAGCAGCACUUUGGUCACAGCAGCUUACUAUACGAGUGACUGUCCUAUUGGAAGUGAGGAUGUGGACGAGAGACUCAGUCAUCAGACGUCCCGCGUGCACUGGUAUGCUCGCUUCCUGUACAAUGUGGCCUCCUUCAUUUCACACACUGACUCUUAAUACCCUUAAAAAGUAAAGAUGUAACUGCUACAUUUCUCAAUAACACUUCAUGUUUCUCAUCAAUGUGUUGACAUGUCAAUCUGCGCACUGGAUUAUAUGUAAUGGAACAUAUUGUAGACAUUAUCAUUGAUUUUUCUCAAAUCAAUAGAAUUUAUAUUUUUCUACCGUCUAAUAUACAGGUAAUGUUUCCAGUUAUAAAAGUUCCACAAAUUG